AUGGGCAUCCUCGGCCUGCUCAGGGAGCUCGAGGGCGUGCAGCGGGACGCCCACGUGAGGGAGUACGCGGGCCGCGCGGUGGCCGUGGAUGCCCUCGCCUGGCUGCACGCGGGGCUGUCCGCGAACGCCCUGGAGCUGGCGACGGGGGUGCCGAGCCAGAACAUCGCCUUCUGCAUGAGGCGGGCCCGCAUGCUGCAGAGCUGGGGCGUGGAGCCGAUACUGGUUUUCGACGGGGACCCGCAGCCCGCGAAGCGCCUCACGGACGAGGGGAGGAGGCAGCGGCGCGCGGAGCGGCGCCGUGAGGGCGAGGCGCAUCUCGCUCGGGGCGACCUGCACGGUGCUCGGAAGUGCUUCGUGCAGGCUGCCAGCGUCAGCGCCGAGAUGGUCGCCGCGGGUCACCGAAGGGAGGCGGCCAGCAUACGGUACGUGGUAGCGCCCUACGAGGCCGACGCGCAGAUCGCCUACCUGCUCCGGCACGGCCACGCUGCGGCGGGCGUGGCGGAGGACAGUGACCUCCUGGCGCUGGGCUGCAGGCAGGUCCUGUUCAAGCUGUCAGGCGAUGGCCAGUGCAAGGAGGUGACACUGGACAGCGCUCUGGGCCCAAGGACUUUCGAGGAGUUCCAGGCAGCCUGCAUACUCAUGGGGUGCGACUACCUGCCGCGGCUGCCCAGGGCCGGCCCCAAGACGGCCUUCCGCCUGGUGGAGCGCGCGGGCGCGCGGCCGGAGGCGAUUGUGCGCGAGGCGCUCGCCAUGGGGCUCGAGGUGCCCGCGGGCUACCUGGAGGGCUUCCGGCGGGCGCGCGAGACGAUGCGGCGCCAGGAGGUGGUGGACCCCGUGUCGCUCCUCAGGGUGCCUCUCUCCUCUGACGCCGCGGUCGGCGAGCUCGGCGGCUGCGGCGGGGACCGAGGCGGUGCGGAGGGCCCGGAGACGCCGCGGCGUCCGCCCUCACCGCUGCGGAAGCCAGGCCGGCGCCCGCUCGACGACGCCGCCGCUGCCGCCCCCCGCGCCAGCCCAGGGGGCGCCGCCCGCCGGAGAGCCCCGUCGUGCGGCCCGGGACGGGCCCCGGAGGCUGCCACUGCCGCGGCGCCUUGCCAAGAGGAGCAGCUGUGCGCCGCUGACGCCGCCCCCGACGAGGAG